AUGCAGACCACCAUCAUCAUCCUUGCCGUAAGAAUAAGUGGUUCUACUGUCUGAGUGAUUCAUUGUGCUGACUGUGUUAUUAUCCGUUAUGGUUAUAAGCUUGUUUGGGAUUCAUCUGACCAACAUCAUUGUGUUUCAGAUACACCAAACAUGACAGGAUUGAUGUCUGUGGUGAGUUUAAAUUAACUUUUUGGUUCUUUGUCGUGACAUUUCAGUAUACGGCAUAGAACACCAGCCUUUUCUCUCUGUUUGAUUCUAGAUAAGUUUAAAGGGACAACUGAAAGCAAUGGGUGCCUUCACUUAUGACUCAACUGGCAAGAAACUACGGUUCAGGUCAAAUGAGAGCCAUCCCAUGAACUCAUCCGUUGGUUUGGAUCUACUGAUGUUUUUUGAUGAGGUAACUAUUUGUCUUGGUUUUUGUCACACUUUAUUUAUCACUGUCUUAGUUCUCAACAAGUCCAUGUCUGUUUUGUAGGGGAUAUUCUAUGAGAUUGACAGCAAAAACAAGAGCUGUGAGAAAAAGAAACUGCACUGCACAAUGCACCCCCUAGAUAUUCCAGAUGACGCCAAGUUCCAUGGUACUGUAACCACCGGGAGUGCUUCCAUUGAAGGGGAGGGGCUAAAAGUCAAUGUAUGGACAGGAUCAUUCUCAGACUCCAAAGGUUGGAGAGGUGCUAUAAAAUUAAACACACGCAUUUUUAGUGAUAGAAUUUUGAAUUAUGGUGGUAUUGAUAUUAAUUUUUUGUUCUCUUUCAGGCUUUUACUCCAUGUCUACUACCAUGGGCUGUUUGCCUAUCAGCACCUUCUACUUCUCUGAGGCAACACCGUUCUUAUUCAGGUUUGUGUGGCCUUUUUUCUUUGGACAUUUCUGGGCUCUUUAGGCUGCACAGUCUAUGUGAAAUAUCCUUCGAAAUUUGAAGUUUUGCAUAACUCUCCUGCAGCAUCAUGGAGGUUGACAUGGAGAUUAAGGAUCCUGAUCUCCUGGUGGUGCCCUCCUUCUGCAUGGGACAGCCAGCGGAGGAUACAUCUGACGGAACAGUAAACAGUUUCCUCCAUGAGUUUAUGUAGAGGAAACCAUGCCUACAGAAAUCCAAACCCCUUUCCAUGUGUGGCCAGCCAGACUAGACUUUUCCCUCCUUUUCAUGUCUGACUCGAGUUUCGUGUGACACUGCACUACAUCACACCUGUUUCCAGCACUCCCCCUUUGAAGAAAUGGCUUUGAAUGGAUCAUACUGUAGCAUCAACAUGAAUUUUAAAUAA